AGUGGCUGUUUCUGCGGAUAAGGAUUGCGUGCGAGCGUACAGACCAGAGGUGAGCUCCAGUAACUUCAACACACUCACGCUGACCAUGAAGACCAGCGAACCGGACAGCCUGCUCUUCUACAUGGGCAGCAGCGUCAGCGAGGAUUUUAUGGCUCUGGAGAUGCAUCAUGGGAAGGUGUCCUUCCUGUGGGACACUGGCUCUGGACUCACCAGACUGGAGUAUCCUGACGUUCAGAUCAACAACGAACGGUGGCACAGGAUCAAUGCGACGCGGUUCGGGAGACACGGGACCCUCACCAUCCAGCAGACGGACUCCGAGCCGCUGCCUGCAGUGAAGACCACAGCGUCUGGGUCCUCCACCGUGAUGGACGUCAGCAGAUCCACCUGGGUGUUCGUCGGGGGCCUCGGUGCUCAGGUGAAGAAACCCCCAGCGGUGAGAAUGACCCACUUCAGAGGCUGCAUGAGCGAAGCGUCGCUCAAUGAGAACAGCAUCGGCUUGUGGAACUACGCUGAGAGACAGGGAGAGUGCGGCGGCUGCUUCAUGAGUCCACGCACUGAAGACACGUCGUUCCACUUCGACGGCAGCGGUUUCUCUGUGGUGGAGAAGUCCCUGCGCUCCAUGUCCACCAGCGUGGUCAUGUUCUUCAAGACUCUGUCUCCGAACGGCCUGCUGCUGUAUUUAGCCUCCAACGGCACCAGAGACUUCCUGUCCAUCGAGCUGGUGGAAGGGAAGGUUCACUUGACCUUUGAACUGGGCUCCGGAGCGCUGACCUUGACCUCCAGCAGAACAUACAACACUGGCACCUGGUACAGAAUCGCCCUGCAGAGGAACAAGCGCCGAGGUCAUUUGUCGGUCAUGGCCGCUGAUAAACCCUCAGAGCGAGAGGUCAUGGAGGCGGAGUCACCGGGUUCAGCCUCUGACCUCAAUCGCUCUGAUCUCGACCCCAUCUAUAUCGGUCAUUUGUCGGUCAUGGCCGCUGAUAAACCCUCAGAGCGAGAGGUCAUGGAGGCGGAGUCACCGGGUUCAGCCUCUGACCUCAAUCGCUCUGAUCUCGACCCCAUCUAUAUCGGUGGAUUACCGGCCUCUCGACCAAUCAGGUGA